AUGGCUUCUCCUCAAUUUUCAUUUGUUUAUUUAUUUCAAAAUUUUUUAAUUUUUCGCUCUCCCCAAAUCAAAGAAAAAAGAAAACGCAGCAGCAGGCCAGCAGCACGCUGGCGGCAGGUAGGGAGUAGCCGCAUCCAUUUCUCCAGAGUCCAGCCUCUCCUUGGCACGUCUUUAGUCCAGAGUCGCUGCAGCUCCUCAUCGGUCGUUUCCAGUUUGCUUCUCCUCGGCAAGUCAAGCCGUUUCCAGUUUGCUCGCUGUAGCUCUUCCAUUGCUCCACCACAGGUAGGGAGUAGCCGCAUCCAUUUCUCCAGAGACCAGCCUCUCCUUGGCACGUCUUUAAUCCAGAGUCGCUGCAGCUCCUCAUCGGUCGUUUCCAGUUUGCUUCUCCUCGGCAAGUCAAGCCGUUUCCAGUUUGCUCGCUGUAGCUCUUCCAUUGCUCCACCACAGGAAAAUUAUUUGAAGCUAAAAGAACAACAUUCAAGCCAGAAUGUGGGAUCAGAUCAUGUGGAAGGAGAUGGAGGAACUAUUAAUGAGGAUCAAUUAUUCAUUACUGCAGCAGGAGGAUGGCAAGGAAGUCGAGUUUAUGGUUUAGGUAGUGCUGCCUCUUCUGCCUUCUCUCAAACAGGAACUGUGGGAAAAACAACAGAUGUUCCAUCAUCCCAAUCACCAGAAUGGAAGAAGGAAAUUGAAGCAAAGUUUGAAGAGAAGUAUAAUAGUUUGCAGAAAAUUGUAGAAGACCAAAAUCAGAUAAUAGCUCAAAUGCGUGAUGAACUACAGGCAAUGAGGAUGGGACAGCAGUCUUCCUCAUUGAUGCUGUAA